GGGGGCUACGCUUCUUGUGCCUCUCUAUAUCCGAUAUGAUGAAGAACAGCAAAAACAUAUGAAGAAGUCUGCUCCUCCAUAUGAUAAGUUAGCCUCAAAGUGCUCGUGAGCAACAGCCAUAGAGCCGCUCUGCGAUUUUGAGGAGAAUGAUAACUUUUGCAUAAAUAGUUACUGCAACGGUAAGAUCGACAUUUUUCAUGUGGUGGUUACUCGCUGUGCCCGCAGGGGCAGUUGCUCUGUUCGGAUGUGGUACGAAGAAGAAGAGAGAAACUGCUGGCAAAUCGCAGCGAGCUGGUAGAUCUUCAAGAUCGGGAAGAUCAAGACGUUCGAGCAAGUCACGCCGUUCUCGCAGCCGCAGAAGUGGACGAAGUCGUCGAAGCAGAAGCAGGAGGGGAAGAUCGAGCCGUUCUCAUAGGCGACGCAAAUCACAACGGGGCAGCAGCAGAUCACGUAGAAGUAGAAGAGGCAAGUCAUCGCGAAGCAAAAGUAGAAGCAGAAGAGGCAGCAAGAGCUCGAGAUCAAGACGCAGCAAAUCCAAAUCCAGAUCAAAGUCGAGAAGUAGAAGGUCGCGGUCGAGCAGAAGUGGUAGGGGUGGUGUUGCAUCUCUCCCGGCCAAACCAUCUGAACUUCGGGUGGAACCCGCUGAGCUAAGCUACAAAGCCAUAGGCGGCUUGAAGGGAGUGAGCGUUAUUAACGACACUCAGGAGCGCAAGUUCUUCAAGGUGAAAUGUUCGGAUAAUAUGUUGUACCGUGUGAAUCCAGUAUUUGGUUCGGUAGAACCGGGCAAAUCAGCAAGAAUUGACAUUUUGCGUCAGAACGGCGGUGCCAAGAUAGAUAAGAUUGUUCUCGUCACAACACGGGCCGAAGAUGGAGAGGUUCCGUGCAGAGAAGUGUUUAAUCAAGCGCGUGCUACAGAGAUGAUGGUGUUGCCGUUGCUCGUCCAAGAAUAGCAUCGUUGCCCCUUCUUUUCCGCUUUCUUUAAUGAUAAAGGGGUUGAAAUAUCUGCAAUGGGUGAUGUUCGAGAGCCACGUUGAUUGCAAUAAAAAUGCC